GUGUGGUGAGGCUUGCUCGCGAGGCAGCAGUAGCCGAGGCCUUUAGGUUUUGUGGCACGUGACGGUCGGGCCGUGUCCGCCGCUGUCUCCUCUGCAUCGCGGGGCAAGGUGUGCGGGAGGAAGGAGGCGCGGGCACCGCCGGCGGUCCCCGGGAGGCUCGAGUGGAGCUCAAGUUACCAACCAUGAACACUUGGGGGACACAUUUGACCCAUCACAACAAUAUUUGAACAGCAGCAGUAUCCAUGUUAAGUCUUUAAUGUGAGAUCAUGGAAGGGAAGUGGUUACUGUGUAUGAUACUGGUCGUUGGAACUGCUCUUGUUCAGGCUCAUGAUGGACAUGACGAUGAUAUGUUUGAUCUUGAGGAUGCCCUUGAUGAUGUUAUUGAAGAGGUAGAAGACUCAAAACCAGAUACCAGCACUCCUACUCCGUCUCCAAAGGUCACCUACAAAGCUCCAGUUCCAACAGGGGAAGUGUAUUUUGCUGAUUCCUUUGACAGAGGAACUCUGUCAGGGUGGAUUUUAUCUAAAGCUAAGAAAGAUGACACUGAUGAUGAAAUUGCCAAAUAUGAUGGAAAGUGGGAAGUAGAUGAAAUGAAGGAAACAAAGCUUCCGGGUGACAAAGGACUUGUAUUGAUGUCUCGGGCCAAACAUCAUGCCAUCUCCGCUAAACUGAACAAACCCUUUCUAUUUGAUACCAAGCCUCUCAUUGUUCAGUAUGAGGUUAAUUUCCAGAAUGGAAUAGAAUGUGGCGGUGCCUAUGUAAAACUGCUUUCUAAAACACCAGACCUGAACCUGGAUCAGUUCCACGACAAGACCCCUUAUACAAUUAUGUUUGGUCCAGAUAAAUGUGGAGAGGACUAUAAAUUGCACUUCAUCUUUCGCCACAAGAACCCCAAAACGGGUAUUUAUGAAGAAAAGCACGCUAAGAGGCCAGACGCUGAUCUGAAGACCUAUUUUACUGAUAAGAAAACACACCUUUACACAUUAAUCUUGAAUCCAGAUAAUAGUUUUGAGAUAUUAGUUGAUCAGUCUGUUGUGAACAGUGGAAAUCUGCUAAAUGACAUGACUCCUGCUGUAAAUCCUCCACGUGAAAUUGAGGACCCAGAAGACCAGAAGCCUGAGGACUGGGAUGAAAGACCAAAAAUACCAGAUCCAGAUGCCGUCAAGCCAGAUGACUGGGAUGAAGAUGCACCUGCUAAGAUUCCAGAUGAAGAGGCCACAAAACCUGAAGGCUGGUUAGAUGAUGAGCCUGAGUAUAUACCUGAUCCAGAUGCAGAGAAGCCAGAGGAUUGGGAUGAAGACAUGGAUGGAGAAUGGGAGGCUCCUCAGAUUGCCAACCCUAAAUGUGAGUCAGCUCCUGGGUGUGGCAUCUGGCAGCGACCUAUGAUUGACAACCCCAAUUACAAGGGCAAAUGGAAGCCUCCCAUGAUUGACAAUCCUAACUACCAGGGAAUCUGGAAACCCAGGAAAAUACCAAAUCCAGAUUUCUUUGAAGAUCUGGAACCUUUCAGAAUGACUUCUUUUAGUGCUAUUGGUUUGGAGCUGUGGUCCAUGACCUCUGACAUUUUUUUUGACAACUUUAUCAUUUGUGGCGAUCGAAAAGUAGUUGAUGACUGGGCCAAUGAUGGAUGGGGCCUGAAGAAAGCCGCUGAUGGGGCUGCUGAGCCAGGUGUAGUGGGGCAGAUGAUUGAGGCAGCUGAAGAGCGCCCAUGGCUCUGGGUGGUCUACAUUUUGACUGUAGCUCUGCCUGUCUUCCUUGUUAUCCUCUUCUGCUGUUCUGGAAAGAAACAGUCCAGUGCUAUGGAAUACAAGAAGACUGAUGCUCCUCAACCAGAUGUGAAGGAGGAGGAAGAAGAGAAGGAAGAGGAAAAGGACAAGGGAGAUGAGGAAGAGGAAGGUGAAGAGAAACUUGAAGAGAAACAAAAAAGUGAUGCUGAAGAAGAUGGUGGCACUGUCAGUCAAGAGGAGGAAGAUAGAAAACCUAAAGCAGAGGAGGAUGAAAUUUUGAACAGAUCACCAAGAAACAGAAAGCCUCGAAGAGAGUGAAACAAUCUUAAGAACUUGGUCUGUGAUUUCCUCUCCCUCCCCUUCUCUUUCAAGUGUGGUCCUAGGAGAGGACCUGGCACACCUUAGGUUGAAACUCAGAAAACCUCAAGACGUCACCAUCAACAGGUUCCAGUCAAAUACUAGUAUAUGUAAUUUCCAACAUCUAGCAGUAAAUAAUUGCAGUUACAACAUGAAGGACCCUGUUUCUGUAGAAGAGAAAACAUUUAACAUAAUGGUUGUGAAAUGUAACAUGAAGCAACUAACUUGUAUUUUUUGUUUGUUUUUAAACAUCUUUGUUUUUUAAAAUAGAAUGAUAAAACCUUGCCAAUCUUUAAAGUCUUGGCUUAAUUUAAUAUAUUAAUCUGUUCGUGCAGAAAUAACACCAACAUUUAGAAAUGCUAGGGGGAUGAGUUGCAGUUUUUGUAACAUUUUUUCUUUAAGUUUGAUAUUAAAAAACAUUCAGGUGUUUCCCUUAAAAUUGAUAGUCAUGUUUAAAGUACAGUCAUUUGUGAUUAUAAUCUUGUUUUGCUUGCUUCCAUUACUCAGUUCCUCCUAUGGAAAUUGAGGAGAGUUAUUGGAUGGAAGCCCAAAUUUAUAAAAAAGUUCCAUUUAAGUUGUAUUAAAAAUAGAAAUACAAAAAGGAAAAAAAAAAUUUCACUUGAUGUUGGUUAGACCAUAAAGUAUGUUCUGUUGCCCUUGGAACUGGUCAGUUCCCAGACAGCAUUGCAAUUAGUGGCACUUGGGCAUUCAUACUCUACACACAGGGAGCAUGGAGCUACAGCCUUCUGGAGUAGGUGGCUUUUUGAGGAAUGCUAGCAGGACAUGUGAGCUCCAGAGUAGAUGUUUUCAUCACUUCUUCCACUGUUUUAACACUGUUUUCUUACCUAUUUCCCCAAAUUCCCAGCUUUUUCCUCUGCUAUGCAUUUUCUUCACAGCGCAGCUUGCAGUUCGUUGCUAAGAAUGAUUGAUAAGCUCUGCAUAGUGUUAAGCUUUAUUGUGAUUAUGUGUGUUUCUUCUUUUUUAAAGCAGGCUCACAACUUUCCAGGGUCAAAGUACAGAAUGGAAUACAAUCUUUCAUUUUUAUCCAUUUCUUUUACUCUGUUUAAAGACUUUAGAAGUCUAAUACAGAGGCGAGCCAAUUCAGAAUUGACUAUAAUUGAACACAGGCUAAAAGUAUUUAUGGGAGGAGUAACAUAUAGCAUGAGUUAUGAUUUUUGUAGCUGCUAAAUAUUUUAGUUCAUGUAACAGUUGUGUCUUAAAUUACACAAUAAAGCAGUCCUAUUCAAUUUUU